AUGGAUUUGUUCAGAAAGUGUAUGGAGCCAGUUGAGAAGUGUUUGAGGGAUGCUAAGAUGGACAAGAGCACCAUCCACGAUGUUGUCCUUGUCGGUGGGUCCACUAGAAUUCCAAAGAUCGUCGUACAACAGCAUCGGCAGCGGCUCACAUCUCAGAGGUUUGAUAAUGGAUCCAUGUCCCGUCGUAUUGGAUCCGCUACUGGUUCAGGGCGCCGUGAUCUUUCUGAUUCGUUCUCGAAUGGAAAACCGUUGGAAAAGGAGAUCUGUUGUAAUAUCCAAUCGAUUAGGGUUUAUGAUGUUUCAAUCGGUACGGUGUUUCUUUCGGGAAGCGAUGCCAGUCGUGAUCAAUGCUGGGAGAAUAGACUUGAUGCCGAUGCAAUGAAAGUUGUUGCUACUGCACUUCUUUAUGAUUCACUGAGGAUAUUGACAAUGUUUUUUAUUUCUUGGGAAACUGAAGGUUCUCAAUUCUCAAAGUCGUGGAUGUCGAACUAUCAUAGUGAUGGUGUAUUGCCUAUGGCUGUAAAUAAUGAUGGGAUAGGAAAAACAUCACUCGAUGCUGCUGCAAUGAAAGUUGAUGUUGUGUAUAACCUUGUUAUUCAUAGUCAUUCCGUCAUAUUCAAGGACCAGUCUGUAUCCAAGGUAAAUAAUGAUGGGAUAAGAAAAACAUCACUUGAUGAUGCUGCAAUGAAAGUUAAUGAUGUGCCUGGAGGAAUUUCAAACCAAUGA